AUGUUCAAAGAUUUGACCGAAUUUAUGUUCUGGCCAAUUUUAUACUGUGCCUUAUUGCACCAGUCACGUGAUCCUGUUACACUUUUUCAUAAUUAUGAGCUAGUGACAGGAACAUUCCCAGAACAUUUCUGGAAUCCAAUAUAUAAGGUUGAGAACGCAAAGUUGAGGCAGAUUAUUGAAGAGAAUGCCAGGCGUAAUGCUAAAAAUGCUGAACAUAAGAUCAGAAUUGAAGAAUUGAAGAAAAAUAGUGUAGAUAUUUCAGCUGAGAAUGCUAAGCUUAAAGCUAAAUUGGCAAAAUUAAAACAUGAUUUCAAUUUCUCCAACCUCACGAGGCCUCAGCAACCACAGCACAUUACUAAUAUGCAGAACUUAUGCUUUGUUGAAGAAGAAGAUAUAUCAGCUCCUAUAAAUAGAUCACCUGAUGAUAACGCAAACAUCAAACCAUCGAAGGAAGAGAUGAUGAUCUCUUUUCUGGAUGAAGUGAAUAAGAAAAUUGUCAGUGAUGGGAUAAGACAGAGAAAGCGGGAUGAAAAACUUGCAAAAGUGGAAUCUAUCUUUCCUGAAAAAGCAUCUGAGGAUUCAAGCACCAAAUGUUCUAACACUAUGGGUGAGCUGGGCUCAAAUUCUUUGGAUGUUUACCUAAAGCAAUCAGUACGAAGCUAUGAUUCCUCAGCAGCAAAAAUGGAGACAACAUUUUUUCUUUUGUAUAAGAAACUUUUUGAUGCCAAGAACUUUGCUGAUCCAUCUGAAAAACAAGUUGAUCCAAAAUCUAAUGCUGUCAGUAGAAUUUUAAAUAUGGAAGUUAAAGCUCAGCUUCCUGCAGAUACUUCUGUUGCACUUUUAUGGAAAAAAAUCAAGCAAGCCAAGAAACUCUGGAAGCUUUUUGAUGCAAUAGGCAUAGAUAAAAUUUAUCGGAUACAUUCAUUCUCUGUUAGCAAAUCAUCCACCUGUGCUCAGCCGAAAGACACUUUGUUAAGUGAUGAGAAAAAUUCUGAAUUGUCACAUCCUGAUCUCAGUUCAGGAAGUGAUAAGGAAAAUUCUGAGUUGUCACAUACUAAUACAUCAGAGGAACAAACAUCUUCAAAAUCUGGAGUAAAUAUUUCACCUGCAUCUCGACCAAUGUCUAAGAAGAACUCAACUUAUGACUGGUCCUAUUUUCACAACAAGAUAUUGGAUCAAUAUUUUAAUCUAUAUAGAGAAUGUAGUAGUGAAAAUUUCGAUUAUUAUGGAAUUACUGAUGAGACAUCAUGUGGGAACUAUAUCUGCCCAUUAUGCAAAUUAGGUCAUAAUGAUGAAGAAAUAGAAGGCAGAGAAAUAGGACUUGAGCCAUGGCAACUAUCAGAAGUACAUAAAUCGGAAGUCAUAAUUCACCAGAAAACAAAGUAUCCGAUUUAUCUUUUCCCUCCUCCGUUUUUGAGAAAUAAUUAUAAUUUUGCAUCACCUCAGCCGUGGAGUUCACCAUGUUCUAUUUGCAAUGGAAAACACAGAAAUUAUGGAUUACAUGGCUCAUGGUACUGUGAAAAUGGAAAUCAGUUCCCUUAUAAUCCUGAAUUAGCGAAGUUCUAUUCUCAAGAUAAACUUGAAGAAAAUCAAAAACGAGGAAGCUAUUCGACUGGAGCAGAUAAAACCGUACAACUAGCUAAGAUUAAGUCGAAAAAUUUGCAAGAACAUACCACCACAGUAGUGGAAUUCCAUAGGAACAUCACUGAAGAUCUCACCACUAUUAAUCAUGAUGUGAAGACGACAAAAAGGAAGUCGACUAGAAAAAGAAAAUCAAUACGUUAUCGUUAUACUGAAAGUUCAGAUGAAAAUCAUUCGUCUGAUCCAGACUACACAGAGAAAUCAGAGAGAAAACAGGAAUCAAGAAGAUCAAAGCGAUUACGGGAAAAAGCGAACUGUGAUGAUAUGGACAAAGGUGACAUUAUCGUAGAAACUUCAGAGGAUAAAAAUACAUCACGUCCGGCUCAACCAACCAUGAUCUCAAAUACCUCUGAAGAUACUACUUUGUGCGAAAUUACUCCAAGUACACCCCAGCAAUUAAAUACUUCAGAAGAUUUCGCAACUUCACACGAAAGUACACCUUGUCCAACAGUUCAUUCAGCUACAAGCACUUUAAUAGCAACACCUAAUAAACCCAUUAUCACGAAAGCAACAUAUGAUGAAUUUUCUGCACACAUAAUUUGUGCUUUUAAUACAACGAUACAUCUUGUCAAAGAAACGAUCGAAGAACCAAUGUAUGAGAGAGUUAGAAAUAUGCUUCAGUCAAGAAACAAACUGGCUAUGAAGAUAAUCAAACAUCAGAAGAGAAUAGAUUUAUGUUCUUUAUACGAUGUGCGUUACUGGACUUUGUCUUUAGGUUUAGAUAUUUGA